GAUUUUUUGAGAGUGUUAAAUGAGUUUUGGAUCACAUUAGAAUGUUUUGAGAAUGUGUUGAGCUGCUAAAAGACUUGAUUUGAUUUCCAAAGACCUAAUUCCACGCGCCAAGAGGCUGUGGAGCCAAGGGUUGAGAGAAUGGCGGCGAAUCUCAGCAGGAAGAGAGUGCCGAGUGCGGCACAACAACAACCACCAGCGCCAAGAAAAGAGAGUUCGCAUCCCUUGCGAGGAGGGAAACUGCUUGCUCGGACGUUGGGAUCAUACCCGAAGGGAUGGGCGGAAGUGAUAGUGGAAAUCGAUAAAAUUGCAAUCUUAGUUUGCGUUUUGGUCCUUACCACUUUGAGAGUAUUGAUCCAGUUACCCCUUGCCUUGGUAGCUUGCGUGGACGCGACAAUAUCCUACUUCCAGUAUGGUGACCAAGAUACGAGUGUCUCGGAAAUCAUGGAACCGGUGGAUUCAAUAAAGUAUGAGCUCGAAAUGGAGUUGAAGCAAGGAGUAGUGUCCUCGGCAGUAGGGAAGAAAGCGCAAGGAGUAGCUGCCCCUGGCGAAAAUACGAACCCUGACGGAAUGAGAAGGCCCUCAAAACCUUUUGUCCGCCUCAAAGCUUAUCGAAGCGUCGAUAUGAGCACUUCCGGCAAGAACGAGAAAUCAGAGAGACUUCCCAAAAGACCCAGCCCUACUCGACACGCACACAAAAGAAAUUUGAGCAGUCCUGCUGGUGCUUCUACUCAACCUUCAGCUCCUCAGCGCGCGACAUCUUACUCUCCUGCGAACUUCGAUUUGCUCGUUAAUUCCUCUGAGAUACCGAAUACGACCGAACUACCUUCAUCCGACAGUUCAGAAGAACACGCCCCUGCUCUACCGUUUCAGACAAAAACGCCUUCCGUAUCCUCCCGCUCUACCUCAGCGGAACUAGCUAGCCAAAACAUAACGCAACCUACUAUUAACAUGGCUAGAAGCCUGCCUAACGUUCAACCCAACGCUUCACAGCAAAUAGUGGUUCGUGCUGCUACUUUACCAUUUUACGGCCAGCAAGGAGCUCCAAACUUCACAGGAAGGAACGUCACUAGCUUCUUACAAGACUUCGACGACCUCUGCAAAGAGUGCUACAUUGUAGACGCUGCCGACAAGCGCUCUCGAAUCCUUCGUUAUGUUGCACCGGAACUUAAGGAAGACUUCAAGAUAGUUGAUGGCUAUGGUAGUGCACUAGAAGAGUACGACGAAGCUGUCUUCUACGAAGCCUUGAAGAAGCAGUACAAGCACGCUGAUUCUGCAUCCUUGAAAAACACUGUCAGUUUCUUGGAGGUUCUUGUCGAUAAAGCUCGUGUCAGCAUACUUGAUCUUAAAGACUACGUUGUUCUCUUCGACCGGCACUCUUCGAACCUCAUCAAGAGCAAGAAGAUCUCUGAGGACAGCCGCUGCCGCAUGUUUGUGAAGGGCUUGCCACCCAAACACAGAGACAAGCUUAUGGACAAGCAACAAUACAACCCUGAUGGAGAAAACACCAAGGAAGCGUACGAAACUAUGCUAGGUGCUAUCAAAGGGAUCGCAGAGUCAGAAGCUCGAAAACGCCGUGUUGCUGAAGAAUUCGACGAAGAUUACCACACCUUGCAGCGAAACAUCAUACAAGAGGUGGUCAACAAGUCCAUGCCUACUAGCAGCAGUCGUCGUCUCCCGGUCCCUGAGGCCCCAACCCAAGAGAGGGUUAGAUUCUCGGACAGAGCUACUAUCUACGAGGAAGUGGAAAAUGGUGGCGCUCCUUUGAGCCACACUACAACUCCGUCUAGAUCCCAGUCAAAAUCUCCUGCUAGCAGUGGUAGUGGCGGUGGUGCCAGACUGAGUGCUAGAUCGUCUGGAGGGAUAGAGGACUUGGUUGAGAAACUUAGUACGCUUACUCUGGGAUAGACUAAUAUGGAACAGAAGGUCUCUAGCUUGAGUUCGAAUGUUGAGAGGAUCGUUAAUUCGCUCCAACAAAACAGUCAACAGGGCUCUCGCCGAGGAAGCUUCGGGAACAGCAGCGGGUAUGGAGUCUCGCAUGGAGGUGUUGGACAACCGUACAGCGGUCAACCGCUUCGGAACCAAAGCCAAA